CCGAUCAAAGCGAGAGCAGAUAGUAGGAAAAUCACCCUCUUUUUAUUGGGGUCCACGGGGAACAGACCCAAGAUGCUAAGGACGCUGGUGUUGGGCAGGAGCCUUCGGAAGUCCUCUGGUUUCUCCGUCUUGGUCAAGCAGAUGUGGGGGGCUCUCCGCAGUCAUCUGCGAAGGCCGGAGCGAUGGUGCUUGCAGGGUCCCUGUGCACAAAGAAAUCGGAAUGACACUUUGCACCCCCUCUGGAAGGGCCCGGCCUCCGUGCGGCGGGGCACCCGACAGUCGCCCAUCAACAUCCGCUGGAGGGACAGCGUCUACGACCCGCAGCUGAAGCCUCUCAGGGUUUCCUAUGCCGCGGCCAGCUGCCUGCACGUCUGGAACACCGGCUACUUCUUCCAGGUGGAAUUCGACGACUCGGCCGAGGGAUCAGGGAUCAGCGGUGGCCCCUUGGAAAACCUCUACAGACUAAAGCAGUUCCAUUUCCACUGGGGAGCGGCCAACGAGCGGGGCUCAGAGCACACGGUGGACGACCGCGGGUACCCGGCAGAGCUGCAUUUAGUUCACUGGAAUUCGGUGAGAUACCGAAAUUACAAAGAAGCCGUAAUGGGGGAGAACGGCGUGGCCGUGAUCGGCGUGUUUCUAAAGCUGGGGGCCCGGCACGAGGCACUGCAGAAGUUGGUGGAAGUCUUGCCGGAAAUCAAGCAUAAGGGCGCACGGGCUGCCGUGGGCCCCUUCCAGCCCGCCCGUCUCCUGCCUGCCUGUCGGGACUACUGGACCUACCCGGGCUCCCUCACCACGCCUCCGCUCAGCGAGUCGGUCACCUGGAUCAUCCAGAAGCAGCCUGUCGAAGUGGCUCAGAGCCAGCUGGCUGCCUUUCGCACGCUCCUGUCUUCGGCGCUCGGUGAAGAAGAGCAUUCGAUGGUGGACAACUACCGUCCACUUCAACCCCUGAUGAACCGGAAGGUCCGUUCAUCCUUCCGGGCUGCGGAAGGGGGCAUCCGAGUGGAUUCUGGCUUUGGGCGAUUCGAGGCUCUGGCCUCCACUGCAGAGAAAGCACCCCGACCUCCUUACACACCAUCUUUGCUGGGAAAGCUCACCCUCACGAAACACCGGGAACACAAGACCCCCCAGAGCCCUCGGCCUUCACCAGGGUUCCUCGUCCUCCCUCCAGCCCUGUGCUUGGACAGGGCACUCAUCCUGUCCCUGGUCCACGGCUUGCUUCCCUGCAAGGGUGGUGUCCUCAUCUACCUGCUGACUUGCAGCCCAGAAUAG